AUGGACCCGGCAAAAUCAUCAAUAGCGUCACCUGAGGAGAUGGGCACUCGGCGUCGUUCAGAUCCAACAUUCGUUAGAUCGAGCACCUGGAACACAAGUUCAGCUCACCAUGAAAGACGUCUCAGCCCUUCCUCAAGCCAUGAUAUUUACAAGUCCAACUUGUCUACUUUUGUACCACGCAAAGACGGUCGUUCCUUGUUCUCAGGGCUUCACUAUGAGGCACUUUCGAGGCUUUUUGAUCAACCUAGUAACUCUACCAUACCCAGCCCAGGCUCUCAGCCAAGACAGGCUGACUUUGCUGUACUGCACGAGCUACCACCUGUCUCGGGUGCACGGCGUCAGGUACACACGUUGACUGUACUCGAUGAAAUUGAGGAAACCCUACGCAAAACCAAAGUGAAUAAGAUGCUUUUCCUCCGCGGAUAUCCUGCGAUUGAAUGGCUUAGUCGGAUAGGAUCCUGUCUUGGAUUAGACUACGAGUUCUUGUUCCAACACUUGGCUAACGGAACUCAAGUUAAUCUGAGUGAUAUGUUUUGUCUGCCGCCCAUUUCUGUGAUCGGCACAGGGACAAUACAGUUGACAUUUACGAGCAUUGGAUUGUGGGAUAACCACAAGUCUGGUUCAAGCUUGGAGAGGGCUCGUACGGAUCUAGCGAAAGAAAUGAAGUCCUUUAUAGAUGAUGUGAACAUGGGACGUAGGAUAGCGCCGUGUGGUACAAUGGUUCGCAGUUUUUCAGUUCACGAUCUCAAACACUUUUCUAUCGAACAGCAGCUCACCAUCAAGUUGCUUCAGUUCCAAAGCCACUGGACAAUUGUUGUAUGGUCAGACUGCGGCACCAGUUUAAGUCAAAGCCAUCGCGGUCCUUGGAAACAGAUCAGAGACUCGCAUGCAGGAGCUGUUCGCUUUAUCAGCUGGCCUCUUGACUUCACCAAUCGACAGAUCAGGCACAUCAUCAAGUCAACACAAGAGGAAUCAGUUGAUGCAGCUGAGAAGGACCAAGAAGUUGCACGUGAUCCCCUGGAAGCGGGGCUUUCACUACUUUGUGACGAACUCGGCCAGAACGAAGACAGCACAGAGACUAUGGCUAGUAACGCCUCCCCUUUUCAUGCACUCAACACAGUCUUCCUUCUCCUGGCAGUAUCUGAAUAUCAAUUUCUAAACCUCAUGGAAGAGAAAACGGAAAACUUUGGUAAAGACGCCAAUCACGGGAUUGGUGAGAUUCAAAGAAUCAAGAAACAGGUCGACGCUCAUCUUGAACGACUACAAGAUGUACUGGAUGUCAUAAAAAACCGAGGAGGUCGCGGUUGGUCAUUGGUGAGCCAACAACCACAUUCCACUCCCAGCCCCCACAGUGAGGAACAUAGCGAUGAGCAAAUACAGCGCCGGGAGAGUUCCCUUAGCACCUCGUAUCAGCCGCAGCACCACAGAGAAGAGGCUUCACAGCAUAGGAAUAAGAAGAACGGCGCAAAAGCAAAAGCAGACGAUGCCGCUAUUUGUCUCGAGCGCAAGUUUGAGAAGCUCAUCCGCCGUGCCCAAGCCGUUUCAUCUGGCUGCCAAGAUGAAAUGGAAAAACUAUCAAACGAGUCCGUCGUUCGCGAGGCACAACGUGGAAAAGAGCAAGCCGAAGCGGUAGCUAAGGUAACAUUUAUUGCUGCCCUUUUUGUGCCAUUAGCCUUUACUACGUCAAUCUUUGGAAUGGAUCUUCAGCAACUCAACGGCUCUGGAGCUGAUAUAACAACGUGGAUAUAUGUGGUUGUGCCUGUAAUGAUAGUUAGUGUGGUAGCAUGGGCUGUUAAUGGAGAGCGCAUAACAAGAGUGUGGCAGUGGAUAAGACGGCAUAUUGUGCAUGAGUGUAAGGGCUUGAAAGGGAAUGAAAAUCAAAAGGAACCCGUUUGA